UAUUGGGACGAGAUCUAGGAUAUUAUAGUAGAACAUAUAUAUAAUUAUCAUUAAAAACAGGAUUGCAAUUAUUGGAUUAGUUAUUGACUAUUUUGAGAUAAGUACAUUCAAGAGGAAUAGUGCAUAGAGAUUUGAAAUCAGAAAACAUAAUGAUGGGCAAAUAAAAUCAGUCUAUUGCUUUUUAGUAGAUUUUGGUGUUUCAAAGUUUUUUCUCGAUAAAGGAAAACAUAUGUAAGAUUAUGAUAUUAUAAAAGUCCAUUUAAAGAUAGAAAAUCAUUUAUUGGAACUACUAGAUAUUCUUCAAUUGCUGCUCAUAGAGGAUUAGAAAUUAGUAGGAAGGAUGAUCUAGAAUCAAUGAUGUAUGUCAUUAUCUACUUAAUUUUAGGGUAAUUUAUAAUUUGUAAUUUAAGUAAGUUACCAUGGUAGAAUUUAUAAAUUAUUGGUGAUAAGGAUAGAACUGUAGCUGUAGGGGGUUUUA